AUGUUGCCCUCGUCGAAGCUGCUCCAUCAGGAGGAACCAUCGGAGCCCAAUGUCGACGCAACCGCUACUUGCAGGACUUCGACGAACGGAUCCGUCACGCAAUCGGCGAUCGUGGUCGACGACGACGUUGAGAGAAACGACGGCGACGACGACGACGACCCACCGCCUUACAGCGCGAUCGUGCCGCCGAAUCACGUCGGAUGGUCGCACGACUUUUCGGGCAAUUGGUAUUCAGCGUGCAAUGCAGCAUCCUACAGGGCGGACGCAACUCCGCUGGCCUGCUUCCAAUCGGGGCUGACGUCGCCGGGCUUCGGUCCCCAUCCCGAGAGAACCGAUCCCGGUCAACACGAAUCGAUCUCGAUGCCUUUAAUGCCUUGCAGGCUGUUCAUGUUCGGCUCUCGCAGGUCUCUGUUCGCGCGCGACGGCUUCGCCAACGACAUCUCCACGAGCAAGGACACCCGCGGAACGAGGCGGAAGUAUGGCGCCAUUUUGGUCGGUGCGGCGGUGAUCGCUUUCCUCAUGGUCUUGUCGUUGCUGGUACGGUUCAUCAUGGACAAAGAUCUUUGGUAUGGCUAGCCAAGGCCAACUAUUGCAGGCCAACGAUAAGACACUGCAUCAUUCGUUCUUGAUUUAGACUGAAUCUAGAGUAAGCAUUAUCACGAUAUAAUUCCUUGUCGAUGGAGUUGACGCAACAACAAGUGUAAUUAGAGCGUGAAUGCCACGGAGGACCAUUUGAAUUCUUGUGAACAGUGUGUGCUUUAAUCCUUCGAUUCAUCGUGGCAAAUAAAUGUGAUGUUUGUACGUAUUUAUGGAAAUGACGUUAACACACUUGCAUGGAGCAGCUUUCCUCUUUAUUCUGUGCCAGAUACUUUGUAAUUUAAAUGUGGCACGUUGAGUUUCUAAAGCGACAUUAACUGCUACACGAGACACUCUGUAAAUAAUAAUUUUGAAAUGGUCUGCGUUAUACAUAAAUGUUUUCCCGUGUAUUACUCGAAUUAUAUUGGAGCUUUGUUACCACGAAACCAGACAGAGAAGUUUCGAGAAACGUUAUUUUCUAUUAUCUCGUUUCUUAGCAAAGUGGAAAAAUUGCAUCUCAUCUUUGUUAAACGACAACGCGAAGGUUACUCAAACAACAAUUUUCCGCUCGGAGAACGAGUCGAUAGUCGAAUUAGGAGAAUAAAUGUUCUCUUGUUGACCCUCACGAUCAGUCUUAUAUAGUUAGAGUCUUAACUGCGCACAGUCAAACGACCACGUUUACGUAUGUGCUCACCUUAUUUCGAACAUCACUUACGCUUAAGGUGUGCAAAGUACAGAUUUAUAUUUGUUUCAACAUCACGAUAAAACUCUUUGCGUCGCUGUUUCUUUCAACGAAGUUAAAAACUUUUACUUGUGCAAAUUCUGCUUAUGUAAACUAAUCGUUUAACAUCAAUAAUGAAUAAUUUACAUUCGAAAUCCGCCGCAGUGACGCAGUCAUUGUCAUUUCAAUGUCAGUCGCAUAGACCAAGUUCAAGUCAUAGUCUAAGAAGUCAAAAUCUUUCAGAAUUUUCGGAAACGCGAUCGCGAUAGUUGGACUUUCAAGAUCAAAGAAAACGACUACUGUUUUUCACGCUAAUAGAGCAGCGUCACGACACGAUUCGUCGGGAUUUCGGCGGCUGGCGGGCAGUCGGUAUACGCGUACGUUAUAACUUCAAUCGUGAUUAACAGUUUUACACGGCGAUUGUCAAGCCUAACUCUGAUAAAGUCAGUUUGACGGCGGCGUGUUCAAACAGCGGCGUGUCCCUCAGGCCAGCGUCCAGGCGAUGCGCCACCGGGGAAAUUAGCCGGCAAAAUAAUUCAUGGACGAAGCUUUUAUUUGACGUCCACGCGGAAUCCCUGAUAUUGCGAGGGAGAGGCUUGCCCCGGUUCCCGUAAACAAAUGCGCUACAAAAUUGUUGAUUCGCGCUAAGUACCCUCUGGAGCCUUUAUCGUUUCGCGAACACCACGGCAAAGUUAACGCGGGAAAUAUUGCCGCCGCUGCUGCAUCGUUUCAGCAAACCGACGACCAUAAUAGCUGCGGUUUUGUUGAAAUUGCUCCAUUCGUACGUUCCACCAUUUUCCACUUCAUUUCUCUUUCUCUUCACCUCCUUUUUCUCUUUUUUUU